GACAUUUAUAAUUCAAUGUAAAGUAUAAUCAAAUAAAUUACCAAAAUAAAUGCUUCAAUUCGUAUUCAUACAACAGUUUCGACGAGUCAACUUACGUGCAGGAACAGUUAACGCAGUCCUGAUAACUAAAUGAUUCAGACGACCCUAGUUAUUGUGUUCUUUCAUGAUAUUAAAGUGUGUUUUCGUUGAAACUGAUAUUACUCUGCCGCACCAUAGGUAUAGUUUGUACUAAUGAUUAUUUUAAAAUUAUGAUGCAAGUUACACGCUUAAACAAGCAUGCACUUAUUACUCACGCAGAGACAAACCUUACGUGUGUGAAGUAUGUAAGAACUAUAUACUAGAAGUAAAGACCAUUUAAACAAACAUAUGCUUACUCACACCAGAGAAACCUUAUGUGUGCGAAGUGUGUAUGAAAUCAUUUAAUCACACACAGUCAUUUCUUCAUAAAAACAAUUUAAACAAGCAUAUGCUUAUCCACACUGGAGAGAAGGCUUUCGGCUGUAAAAUUUGUAAGCAGACAGUCAAAAGGUUCUUUAGACACACAUAUGCUUAUUCACUCAGGAGUUAAGCCUUACAACUGUGAAAUUUGUUAGAAGACAUUUAGUCAAAAGGGUAAUUUAAACACAUAUGCGUAUUCACUCAGGACUUAAACCUCACUACUGUGAAAUUUGUAAGAAAUCAUUCAGCCAGAAGGGUGCUUUAGACAGUCAUACGCUUAUUCACACUGGAGAGAAGCCUCAUGUGUGUGAAAUCUGUAAGAAGCCAUUUCGUUAUAAAAACAAUUUAAACAAGCAUAUGCUUACGCGCACAGGAGAGAAGAUUUAUAGUUGUGAAAUUUGUAAGAAGACAUUUAAUAAAAAGAGUGCUUUAGACAGGCAUAUGCUUAUUCACACUGGAGAGAGGCCUCAUGUGUGUGAAAUAUGUAAGGAGUCAUUUCGUUAUAAAGUCAGUGUAAAAAAGCAUUUGCUUAUUCACACAGGAGAGAAACCUCAUGUGUGUGAAAUAUGUAAGAAGCCAUUUCGGCAUAAGAACAGUUUAAACCAGCAUCUGCUUAUUCACACAGGAGAGAAACUUCAUGUGUGUGAAAUAUGUAAGGCGUCAUUUCGUCAUAAAAACAGUUUAAACAAGCAUAUACUUACCCACACAGGAGAGAAGGCUUCUGAAAUUUGUAAACAGACACUUAUUCAGAAGGGUGCUUUACACACACAUAUGCUUAUUCACUCAGGAGUUAAGCCUCACAAGUGUGAAAUUUGUAAGAAGACAUUUAGUCAAAAGCCUUAUUUAGAUGCACAUAUGAGUAUUCACUCGGGACUUAGGUCUCACUGCUGUGAAAUUUGUAAGCGGACAUUUAGUCGAAAACAUUAUUUAUACAAACAUAUGCUUAUUCACACAGGAGAGAAACCUUAUAUGUGUGAAAUAUGUAAGAAGUUAUUUAGAAGUAAGUGUGCUUUAUACAUGCAUAUGCGUACCCACACAGGAGAGAAGCCUUACAACUGUGAAAUUUGUAAGGAGACAUUUAGCCAAAAGAGUACUUUACGCAUUCAUAUGCUUAUUCAUACUGGAGAGAAGCCUCAUGUGUGUGAAAUUUGUAAGCAGCCAUUUCGUCAUAAAAACAGUUUAAACAAGCAUAUGCUUUCCCACACAGGAGAGAAGCCUUACUGCUGUGAAAUUUGUAAGCAGACAUUUAGUCGAAAGCGCUAUUUAGACACACAUAUGCGUAUUCACACAGGAGAGAAACCUCAUGUGUGUAAAAUAUGUAAGAAGUCAUUUACAGGUAAGUGUAAUUUAAACAAGCAUAUGCUUACCCACACAGGAGAAAAGCCUUACGGCUGUGAAAUUUGUAAGAAGACAUUUAGACAAAAGGGUAAUUUAGACUGUCAUAUGCUAAUUCACACUGGAGAGAAGCCUCAUGUGUGUGAAAUAUGUGAAGAGUCAUUUCGUCAUAAAAUCAGUUUAAAAAAGCAUUUGCUUAUUCACACAGGAGAGAGAGCUCAUGUGUGUGAAAUAUGUAAGAAGUCAUUUAGAAAUAAGUGUAAUUUAGACACACAUAUGCGUAUUCACACAGGAGUUAAGCCUCACAACUGUGAAAUUUGUAAGAAGACAUUUAGUGAAAAGGGUGCUUUAGAGAAUCAUAUGCUUAUACACACUGGAGGGAAACCUUAUGUGUGUCAAAUGUGUAAGGAGUCAUUUUCCCAUAAAUACAGUUUAAACAAGCAUCUGCUCAUUCACACAGGAGAGAAAUCUCAUGUGUGUGAAGUAUGUAAAAUGUCAUUUAGUGAAGAGGUUAAUUUAAACAACCAUAAGCGUAUUCACAUGUGGAGAAGUAAGUGUAAUUUAAGCAAGCAUAUUCAUACUAUGCAUGUAGCAAAUCAUCGAGUUCUGAUAUUAAGGUUAGUAUCUAAUAAAUCAUGACUAUGCACAUAACAAAUCAUGAGUUCUGAUGCAUAGAUUCAUACCAUGCAUGUAACAAAUCAUGAAUAUAACAAACCAUUUGAAGAUAUGAAGUAUUUGAAGAAACAUGUUUAUCUAUAUAAAGGACAAAACUUCUCAUUCUUGAGGCAAUAGUAGAUUAGUUAUGUUAUCAAGGAGAUGUAUUCUGAAAGAAGACUAAGACUAUAUUCUAAAGCUGUUUGCACAUGUUUUAGGUGACUUUGCUUUGCUAUACAAAAAAAAAAAAAUCGCAUGCUUGGAUUUUUUUUUACGACACUAUAUUUUUGAAAAUAUAAAUUAUCAUCUGUUGCAUAACAGUUUCAUUUUUUUGCAUAAUAGCACUUCUUAAGAAGCAAUGUGUGCGGUUUCCGGAGAAAAUUAUUCAUGUCUAGUCAUUCAAAAAUGCUGUGAAAGCCAUGUUUUUCUGGUAUCUAAAGCAACAAUAAAUAAUAUUGUCAAUAGCAAAGGAAAAAAACAUCAAAGUAUGGCUCUAAGGAGGAAAAUUGUUAAAACUACAUAUCCAAGGAAAAAGCUGAAUGCUUUCAAAUGUUGCAAAGAUAAGAACUUUAAUGUUAAAAGAAAAAUCCACAAAUUCAAAGCACUGUUGCAUAAUCAUUUAAAUGCUCAGUGUCAGGUAUAAAUAAAAUUAUUAAUGCUGGUAAGUUAAAAAGUGUGUUAAAAAGGUGUAAAAAUUCAAUGUGGCUCAUCUUUCUCCGUGAAAGCAAGACGUGCUGCAGAAUUCUCUAUGAGGAAAAGUUAUUUCAACAAAAAUGGAAAAAUGUUGUAACAAUUAAAGAAUCUUAGCUUUAUUUAAAUGAUCACAAUAAAAGUAGAUCCAUUUAUUAUCAUCAAAGGAAAAAAAAAAAAAAAAAAAUAGACAUUGCAGGAACAUUUUAUACUCAAUUCUCAAAUAUGAAAUACCUUCUCUAUACCCACAAAGUGUAUCAACACAAAACAAGCAGCCACACAUCAAUAUCUUCUGUUAAUUUCCUGGAAAAAGAUGGAAAAAUAAAUGGAUAUCGAAGCCAUUUCAACCAUAUCCCUCCUCAGUCUCCUGAUGUAUGAUCCGUGAAUGUUUGCGCUUCUGGACUUGUAAAACGCGAAUCGUGCAUAUGUCUACUUAAGAAUCCUCUAUAGACUCUGGAAAACUGUUAAAGAGGAAUGGGAUAAAAUACCCCUUUUGACAUUAGAAAAAAGCUUUGUUAUCGGGGAAAGUACGGUGUUGAAAGAUAGUAAAGUUUAAGAGUUAUCAAAUGGAGCAUUUAAAACAUCAAAAUUUUAGGUAAAAUAUUUUUGUAAAUCAUCAAAAGUAUGUGCAGAUGUCCUCUGUAGAAUGUGCUAGAUGUGUACAAAAAAAGCAAUCUCUAAAGAACUGUUUCAUCGUCUGUUUCUGAAGGACUCUGUUUUCGUGACAUGAGUCCUGUUUUAUGAAGGGAAACAAUGACUUUUAUUGCUUUGAGGGUAUUAACCAAAAAAAAAAAAAAAAAAAAAAACUUAUAUUUUAAACUUUUGGGCUGAAGUAUUCAAUUUCAAAUAAGAUAAACAGGUAUGCCUGUUAUUGAUAAAACUUUUUAAACUUGUUUUAUAUUGUUUCCAUAGGUCUGCCAUUGAAAAUGCAUUAAAUUAUAUGGAUUGAAUGAUGAUA